AUGGACGUCCUCGAAAUUAACACAAUGCGAUUUUCUCCUACCAUUCGCGGACAUCAUCUGAUUUUGUCCUACAAAGGAGGAAAGAAAAAUCAAAAUGACACAGAGGAUACUGAUAAAAAAGAACAAGGUUCAACUCGAUCAACCACCGAUA